AUGACCAGCACGACCGCAAGACACAUCCUGCGAGCGGUUCCCUCUGAGAACUGGGACGAAGACUUUGAGUUCCAGCCCAUCGCAGAGCCCGACGAACCCGGCGACACCCAAGCACAUCCGUCCUCAUCCACCCCCGCGCGACCCCCGCCCGCCCUCGCCCCGCCAAGUCUGCAGGACUGGGCCGAGCCGGGGCCCUCCACGCCCGUCCGCCGCCGCGCGCAGCCGCCGCAGACGGAGAACUGGGACGACGACUUUGAAGACGGCGACUCGCCGGCGCGGCGCUCCGGCUCGCACUCGCACCGCAAGCGCACGCACACGCACAACCACAACUCGGUCGGGUCGGCGAGGCGGCGCGCGGGCGCGGCGGCGGUCGAGAACUGGGACGACGACUUUGAGCUGGGCAAGGCGGAUUCGCCCGCGGGCACGCGCCGCCACGAGCAGGGGUACGCCUCGUCCGACUCCGACUCCGACCGCGGCGAGCUGGGCUUCGGCGAGAAAGAGGAAGACAAGACGAUCACCGCGCGCUCGCGGCGCGGGCUCGCAGCCCACGCGACGCCGCCGCCGCCCGUCCCGCCGAUCCCGCCACUGUUCGCGCUCCCCUCCGACCCCGCGCCCUUCCCGCGCUCGCCCACCGCCUCCGUCUUCUCCGUGCCGACCUCGCGCGAGCGCGACUCGGCGUCCAUCGCGUACGGCAGCACCGCGCAGCUCAACCUGCGCCCGACGCUCUCCGGCUCCUCGGCGCCGCACGUCGCGCGCGGGUUCGCGGGGCUCCCCCCGAGUCCACCGAUCCACAGGGAGCGCCGGCGGCUGCGCAAAAAGUCGCGCCCGCGCCCGAUCGACGGGAACGUCAUCGAGCUCGUCGACCUCGACCCGGACGAGGACCCGCCGCCGCUGCCGCUGCACGUGCCCCCCGCACCCGAGGACCCGCCCGCCCCGCCAGCGACCUCCGAGCCCUCCUCGCCGCAGCAGACCAAGGCGGGCCUGCCGCUGCUCUCGCGCAUCGGCAGCGUGAGCAAGCGCUGGGGCCGGCGGAAGCGCGCGAGCGCGGGGCCGGAGGAGGUGCUCAUGGCCGAGCGCGAGCAGCGCAGCGCCCACGUGCCGUCGGACAACGACGCGACGCCCGUCGCACCCACCCACCGCGCGUCGCGCUGGUUUUUUCGGGGUGGUGGGGAGGGCGACGGCGGCGGCGGCGGGGAGGAGAGCGACGUGAGCGGCGAGGAGAGCCCGACGAAGAGGAAGGGGCAGCGGAGGAAGAGUGAGAACGGGUUGGGGAUGGGGAUGGGGGCGCGGAGCCCGCCUGGCUCCCCGCUGAAGCAGCGCGCCCCGCUCUUCCCGCGGCACGUCUCGUACUCGGGCGGCGCCGUAGAGAAGACGAGCUCGCGUGGCUCCGGGUCUGCUAGUGUGAGCAUGGAGGAUCUGGCGCUGCAGUCGCAGUCUAGCCGGGAUGGCGUGGCGAAGGUAGGCAAGGGCAAAGAGAGGGAGGGUGCACCGUUCAUGAGCAGGAUGCGCAGGAUAAGCCUGGGCAGCGCCCCGGGCCUGAAGGUGAAGCACCGCAAGACGAAGUCGAGCGUCGGCCCGGAGGACGCGAAUGGGAACCCGCCGGCGCCGCCGACGCUCCCGCCGCUGCCCUCGCCCUCCCCGUUCGCGUCCACAACCGACCUGAGCUUCGACGCGACCACACACCCGCCAGUAGAUACACAUCCAAAGCCUGCGAGUACGCUCCUCCCACCGAUCGAGCUCCGCCCCCCAUCGCCGACGCGCUCCCCGCCCACGCAGAUCCGCGCCUCGCAGUCUGAGCCGGUGCACUCCUCUUCCGCGCCGCCUUCCACGCCUCUCGACAGCCUCCUACGCCCGUCAACUGCCAGCUCGACAUUAGCGACGCCAAAUAAACUGUCUACGUCCCCGCAGUCGGCGUCGUUGGGCCGGACGGCGCAGCCGCCCAUGGUCGCGAGCUCCAGCCCUGGGAGCGCGAACAGCGGGACGAUCGUCCCGCGCCGGAACUCGCUGGGCGACCUGAAGAUACCCGCGCGCAUCAGCCAGGCGCAGGUCGGACUGCGGCGGGAUCUGGAGCUCGUCAGGGAUUUCGCGGCCAGCGUUGACAAGCUGAAGCAGCUGCAGACGACGUAUGUGGAGCUGGUACGUGAGGUGCAGCAGGUACUGAGCGCGAGUCGGCCGUCCUCUCCGCCUGCGCCCGUGCCUGCCUCCUCGCCGUCGACCACGACGCUCUUCGGGAUAGCGAGGCCGAAAGGACGCGCAAGGUCGAAUACGAAUCCGCCCCCACCACCCCCGGAGCCGCCAAGCCAGCUUGCGUCUGACUAUCAUGCUAUCGAGGCGAAGUACAAGAUCGUCUGGGAGUGCGCCGAGCUGCUGAUCGAGCUGGGUGGGGGCGCACCCGCAGGAACGGGGCCCACUACAAGCGUGUCCGCUCCUGCGAUGCAGGCCACGCAGAGUGCACCGCCGUUAGAGGGGAGGAGGAGCCGCGAGCGCGCCAUCACUCUAGCUGGCGACGAGCCGAAACCUGACCUUGCAAGUUUGCCUACGGGCCCUCCCGUGGCGAGCCCGCCGAAUCCCGCCUGGCGCGCCUCCACCGGCCGACACGAUCUCAGCUCCAGGCAGCUGGUGCUGCUCCGGGAGAUGCUGCACAACAACCCCGAGUCGUCGCCCUCCUCGUCGUUCCUCGGCGCGCAGGCGUCCGAUAUCCCGGAGGAGACCGUCAUCAACCGCGGCUGGAAGUGGGGCGACGCGAUGGGCAGCACGAUCACGCUGCCGUCUGAGGAGUCGGGCGCCGCGCACGCGUCGCCGAUGAAGAAGCGCAGGACGAGCAAGAUGGGGAUGAGCGGGCUGAGGGAUAUGUUAAGGCUGCUGAAGAAGAGCACGAUGGAGCAGCAGGGCCAGACAGCGUCGGCGAGCGCGACGGAGUCGUCGCUAGAUGUCAGGCCUGAAGCUAGGUCCGUACGCAGCCAGGCGCCGACCCAGCGCAGGCGCGCCAAGACAAGUACUGGGCCCGAGUCGAUGAAGUCCAUGCGGGAGCAUCCGAAUUCGCCCUAUGGGACUAUGGAUUCGUUGAAUCACAAGGCCUCACCGCGUCGCCCGUCGCUCGCUUCGAUAUUUCGGCUAGGACAGAAGCACAAAGCACAAGGUCCUGCUAACCCAUCCACCGAUGAUGUUGCUGCGGGGGGAGGAUCGGGCCAUAGUCGUAGUACCACCGAGGAAGACGAAGAUUGGGAUGAGAUCGACUCGGCUUCGGACUUGGAUCUUGCUGCUCGAGCCUUGGGUGUCUCUCCCGACGGCAUGGCCACUGUGAAAGGCAGAGGCAAGAAAAAUCGGUCUCCAUACGGGUUACCGGUAGAGCCCAAUCCGGGUGCACGGUCUAGUACACCCGGUAGCGGUCCUAGUGCUUCGCAGUCAUCGAUCUGGGCGGACCCCAGAAGACUAUCGAACGUCGAGGAGAAUGGCGAUGGCGAUCAGCGUCAGUCGCGCCCGGAGAGCAAGUCGAAGCGCAGACGCUCCUCCAUCUUCCCAAGUCCCAGUCCGAAGCGUCCGCCGUCUCGGGGGUGGAAGGCGGGCAAGUCAGGCUCUGUGAGGUCCGCGCCUCCACAGUCCAUUGGGUCUGACAGUCCUGUCGCUGAUCCGAAGUUGGCGAUGACCCCGCAGAACAUCAAGCCAUUACUCGAGAACGCUCGAGAGGUGGAAACGCGAUUGAACGACUGUAUUGAGGAGCUUCGUGCCUUGCUGAUAUCGAAGCCCCCCGGUGACAUUGGUCCAUAG